AUGGAAUUCAUUACCAAAGCUGAUAUUGGGCGAUGGUGCUGCGAGAAAGGGGUGGAUACCCAUUACUGUUUUGGGUUAAAGGGAAACCUGGUAACUGUAACAGAUGAUGGGCUGUUGAAGACUGUGGGGUCUUUAUGUGGUGUACAUCAACCCUGUAUUGUAGAUAAGUGGAAAGGGCCUUAUGGGGAUGUUUGUGCUGCCCUCAUUAAUAAUAAAGAGCCAUUAGAUCGAACACUCAUACCAAGUAUGAUAUUAUUGGAAGGGACAAUGGGAAGGAAAGUUCAAAUAGUGUGGCCGGAAGAAAGGAAUGAAGAGGAGGUGACAGAAGCAGCCCAAGGGGAGGACUCGGAGGGUAUGGGAAUGGGGGAACCUGUGUCGGGGGGUUGUUUUCAUACUACUGGACGGGAGGUGGAUCCUCCUGCUACUACCCCGAAGGUUCUUCCUGAAACUCAAGCAGAUAAUGUUGUGGAUAAAGUGGUUAGUCACCUUGAAAGGUGGCAUUAUGAAGAUGGAUACCGUCGAUUAAGAAUUUUUUCAGGAAUCAUUCCUGUUCCGGCUGGUGAAGAAACAUAUGAGAUGUGGCGUGAAGCUGCCGUACAACAUUCAGAAGAAUGGCAAUGUCCCGAACAUAUACAACGACAACGGGUGGUCAAGAAUUUACGGGGACCUGCCAUGGGGGUGAUUCAGGCAACACGCCGAAGUAACCCUACCGCCACAUUAAGAGAAUACUUAGAAGCAUUGGACUUUUCCUUUGGAACAUUAGAGGAUAAGGGAGACCUGAUGGCCCGAUUGAAUAGCACUUAUCAAGAUCAUGGCGAGACCCUAACCCAUUACAUAUACCGCGUCGACCGGUUAAUAUACAAGAUCGUGGAUAGAGGGGGUUUUAGUCCGGAUAUAGUAAAUGAGAAGAGACUAAAGCAAGUGUUGAUAGGGGCCCUGACCAAUAACCCGGUCGCCCAACGUCUAAGAUGCACCAUGACUACUGCAAAACCCCCCACAUUGACCGAGUUGGUUAAAGAAGUAAAACUAGAAGAGGUACAAAUCGAGAACCGUGAAAAGUCUAUCAGGAAAGUUAAAGUGGUGCUGCCCACUACAGAUACCAUCCCUCCUCCUAUGGAUGAUAGACUGGUAAAACUAAUUGAAGAACAAAACAAGAAGAUUGACCAAUUGAUUGCUUUACAGACUCAACAGCCACUGGGAAUGAAUAGAACUUCUGGAUGGGGUCGAGGAAUUAACAGGAGAGGUGAAUCUCGAGCAAAUACAGAGUGUUACAGCUGUGGACAGUUAGGGCAUCGGUCAUUUGAAUGUCCCAUAAACCGAAAUGAACCAAGAGGAAGUAACCCCAAAAAUAGGAGGAGAGCGUCAAUGGGGUAA